AUGCUUCACCUUCAACAAGUAAUAAUAGCUAUAGUCUUCCUAGCAGCCUUCAUCUCCCAUGUACAUGAAGCUAUAGCACAAUUUCAACCACGUUACAGCUCCUUUUUUGCUCCAAUUCACAAACAUACGGAUGCUGCUGUACCUCUCUAUAGUGUCCAGAUCAUGACAGAUAAAAGAAACUCACCAUUUAAACCCACAAACUUCUUUAUAGACGUCGACGCUCCUUUAACAUGGCAUGAUUGCAUAGUGAAACCGGACAUAUAUCAAGGCACUUGUCCUGAUAACGUGCUUUGCACCCUCGCCGUCGCUUGCGAUGAAGAUCUCUGUCCAGAACUGCGGAAUUCCUACUCUUCUAAACAUCCUUACUGCCAACGCAUAAGAAACACUACCAUACCACCUGACGGGACUUGCCCAUGCCCCAUCGAUGAAUUUAUCCGAAUACCUGGCGGGUAUUGCCCAUGUACUAACAAUGUAAAUAACCCGUUAGACUGGCCAUGUCAUGCAGCCUUUCUUAACUAUGAUAACUUUUUUGUGAACACUACUAAUGGAAGGAACCCUAUUCCAGAUGGUCUUGAUUAUGCCUCCACAAACGCUGCAUGUGCUCCUUCUUCGUCAUUCCAAUACUUCCCUGCUGAUGUUACGGGGGUCGUGGCACUUUCGUCAUCACCUUAUUCGUUUGUGUCUUCUCUAGAUAUGGCGUGGCUUAAUAAAACAUUUUCCUUAUGUUUACCUAGCACAUCUGCUGCUCCUGGGAUCUUUUUCUAUGGAAAUGGUCCUUAUUAUCUUCGUCCCCACUCAGAUGUUGAUGUAAGGAGUUUCCUUUCUUAUACACCAUUACUAAAGCAUCCCGCUUCUUUUGGGUACUUUAUCGGUGUCAGUUCCAUUGAAAUUAAAAAGAGGUCUAUCGACAUUCCAGCAAAUGCCACUACCAAGUUUAGCACAUUUGAGCCUUACACAACUCUUAGAACAGACAUUUAUAACUAUGUUAUUCGGAGGUUUUCAUUGGUUACAAAGCAGAUCCCUCCUACAAACCCGGUAUCCCCAUUUGGCCUUUGUUUUAACACCUCCACCAAUGGUACCAAAGUUGGAUUAAAAGUUCCAGAUAUUAAUUUCAAUCUUCAAGGUGGGAAGAAAUGGAGUAUAUCCACCGCUAACUCCAUGAAACAAAUAACAGAAGAAGUGGCAUGUCUGGCAUUUGUUGAUGGUGGCGCUACAAGUGAACAUGCAAUUGUUAUCGGAACAUUUCAGUUUGAGGAUAACUUUCUUUUAUUCGAUUUACAGAACUCAAAUCUUGGGUUUAGUUCUUCAUUAUUACGUAAGCAGACUUCUUGUUCAAAUUUCAACUUUACCAUGGCCUGGUAG